GAAAAGCUGCGUGUCGGGCCAGCACAGGAGGAGUUUGUUGUAAGUUUCACGGCAGAACCGGACAGCGCCGGAAUGAAGUUUCUGCAAAGCGGCUGAGGGCUGAUCGGAGGAGAGAGGUGCAAAGGAACAAGUUGUUUACCGAGUCAUCCCUGUGCGACCCAGAGGCUGCCAUGUUUUCCCUUUCCGAGCUGGCGCCUCUGAACCAGCAUCAGGGUCGGUGUAAGCUGUUGAAGCCCUGGUGGGAGGUCUUCAUGGACUACCUGGUGGUCCUGAUGCUGAUGGUGUCCGUGCUGGCUUGUACAGAGCAGCUGUCCAGGGAUCGAGUGGUGUGCAUUCCCAUGGAUCCAGUCACUAGUGCGAACACCAGCAAUCACGGCCCUUCCACCAGUGGACCAGCAUUGACUCCAUCUUCAAAGCCCCCGACUCAUGUUCCACGCAACGUCAGCCCAAAACUCCCCCCUGUAGGCCGGGGUAGACGCACACAUCUGGCCCACCAGCAGUAUGUCUACAUUAGCCAGGUGUGCUACCAUGAGGCUUUGCCUCUGUGCUCCCGCUUCUUCCCGUACAUGGCCAUGCUGCAGUCUCUGGUGCUGGUGGCCAGCGGCUCCUUCUGGCUCCACUUCCCCCACACCUCCGCCCGCAUAGAGCACUUCCUGGCCAUAUUGGCAAAGUGCUGCGAAUCACCGUGGACAUCUCAGGCCCUGUCUCAUGCUGCCCGGCAGGAUAGCAUCCAAGAGAAGGAGGUGGUGGAGGAGGAGAGACGGGCGCCACAGCCUCCUCUCUCUUCAGCUUCAUCUUCACACCCGGUGACCCUCGCGAGACGAACGAGCAGAGACUCGGGCACCGACAGCCCGCUUUUGGAGAGGUCAGGCGGUGCGUCCUUUGGCUGCCCUCCCUCCCCGUGCCCCUCCACGCUCUCCUGUAACUCCGCCUUGUCGUCCACGUCCACGUCCCGUGGGUCCAAGUUGCCCUUUCCUCCCUCCAGCCAUGUCAUGGAUGACAGUCCCAGGCAGGUCAUGAGUUUAGACAAAAGUGACGGGGAACAGGCCAGGGCGCUGUUCGAGAGGGUGAGGAAAUUCCGGUCACACAGCGAAAGCUCGGAUGUCAUCUAUAAGGUCUACCUCGCUCAGACAGUAUUGAAAUUGCUGAUGGUGACGCUGAUCUUGAGUUACAGCAUCCCUCUUCUCAGCUCCCUCUCCUUCACCCACACCUGUCACCCUGAGGAGACAGCCUUGGUGGGCUACGAUACCUUCCAGUGUAUCCAUGUGCUCUCCUCCCUCCUACGCAAGCUGCUCAUGGCCUACCUGUCCCUACUGGGGCUGUACGCCAUGCUCAACUUUUACACCCUCAGCUGGAUUUUACACAGCUCUCUGCGCCAGUAUUCCUUCCACUCCCUGAAGGAGUUGUGCUCUCUGAGAGAUGUUCCUGAUCUGAGAAAAGACCUGGCUUUUCUUUUACACAUGUUGGACCAGUAUGAUCCUUUGCUGGCCCAGCGGCUGUCCGUCUUUUUGUCCCCUGUCAGUGAGAGCAGGCUGCUGGGAGAAAGCCUGGAGAGGCGAUGGGGGGAGGAGAAGCUGCGCGCCAUGACGAGGGUGGACGCAGAGGGCUUCUCCAGACUGCAGCUGGUGGCCCUACCUCGCCUCCCUCCGGCCCUCUUCACCCUCAGCCAGCUUCAGGUUCUCCAGCUGGAGCUCAUCGCAGAUGCCAGGUUCACUGAGCAAGUGUCAAAGAUGACCUCGCUAAGGGAGCUCCACCUCUAUCACUGCACAGCAGCGGUGGAUCCCGGUGCACUCAGAGUCCUCCAGGAACAUCUGGAGGUUCUCCACCUCACCUUUACUCAGGCAUCAGAGAUCCCCAACUGGGUGCUCUCCCUCCGCAGCCUGCACCAGCUGCACCUCUCCGGCCGCCUAAGUAGUGACGGUGGGUUGGGCCGCGGCUGGGCGUUGGGCAGCCUCCGCCAACUGCGUCACCUCCGUGUGCUGGUGAUCCGAGGCAUGCUUCAGCGGAUCCCAGGGGAGCUGUGCGAAGUGGCCGGCAGUUUGGCGAGGCUGGAGAUCUACAACGAGGGCGCCAGGCUGCUCGUGCUGACAGGCCUGAAGCGCAUGGUCGGCCUGACUGAGCUGCUGCUGCAGGACUGCCGGCUGGAGCGUUUGCCCUCGGCCCUGCUGGCUCUCGCCAACCUGCGGACGCUCGACCUGCAGCACAACAACUUGCGCACUCUGGAGGAACUGCUUAGCCUGGCUCAUCUGCGCCGUCUUUCUUGCCUUAGGCUCGCCUACAACCGGAUUCUGGCGCUGCCAGCUAGCGUUGGUGUGCUGCGAGGCCUGGAGCUCCUGGAUCUAUCCAACAACCAGCUUCACAGCCUCCCCCCAGCGCUCUUUACCCUCCGGGGCCUUCGCAGGCUCCUGGUGGCUGGUAACCUUCUGGAGGAGCUCCCCGCAGAGGUAAAGGCACUACAGCUGCUCACAGAGCUGGACCUCAGUGGGAACCGGCUCGACAGCCUCCCCCCGCAGCUUUUCAGCAGCUGUUUGGAGCUGCACAUCCUUAAUGUGGCUCGCAACUCUCUCAGCUCACUACCCAGGGGGAUCUCAGCUUUAAGUCGGUUGUCCAAGUUGGACUUGCGCAGUAACAGUCUGGAGGCACUGCCUGCUGAAUUGGGCUGCUGCACAGGGCUGCACAGAGGUGGUCUUCUCGUGGAGGACUGGCUGUUCCUUUCUUUGCCUACACAGGUCAGGGACUUGCUGAGCCGUUCUUGCGCCCCCUGUGGUGCUCCCUCAGAAGGUCAUUCUCGCCCAGAUUCAGAUAGUUUCCCAUACUUCUGUCCGACACAGUGGAGUUUCUCUUCUGCUCUGGAAUCACAGAUAUAAGUAUCCUAACACUCAUUGGCGCUAUUUGCUUUUGCAGCGCUUUUGGCAAAAUGUUUACCAGCUGUUCUUUUAGAAGGCAGCUUUCCUAUUGGUCAUUUUAAUGUGAGUGUUUAAUAAGCAUAUUAGUACACGUUACUUAAUUGUAUACGUUCUGCCCAUUGAUCAUUAAACUAAAUCAAUGUCAACCAAA